AUGUCUAUGAAUUUACAAACACCUUUCACCACAAAUCAUUCUCAUAAACCGUUACCAGCAUUACCAAAUGAAAUUAGUAAUAACGAUAAAUUAAAUGAUAAAAAGUCAGUUUUAAUAAUACCGCAGGAUUCUAAUGAUUUACCAUUAGAUAGCGUAUCGCUUGGACACAUCAGAAAACUUUUAAAACAAAGUUUAUAUAAUUGCGCAAUUGAAUAUAAUCCAUGGGAAUCUAUAAUUUUAGGAAUUGUACUUGAUAUCGCAGAGAUUUUGCCAAAAGUUAUUGAUAAAUGCGGUGAAACAAUUAACAACAAUAAUGAAAAAAAUGAUGAAUUCAAUAAUUAUAAAGUGAAAUUCAUUAUUAAUUUGAAGAAAAUAGAAGGUGGCAAACCCAAUGAUACUACUUUUAUUUACAAUCAUUUUGAAGGAACAAAUUUAUUUAAAUAUGAUAAAUGGAUAAAAUCACCAGCAAGUGAAAACAAUCCUUCGUGUAUAUUGGAUGAUGAUGAAAAGGCAACCCCCACUACGCCUACCUUCAUUACUUCGCCACCUAUAUCUCCUAUUAAUAGUAAUGUAGUAACAACGAAUAAAACCGCUGCCCAAACUUUUCAACCAUUAGCGUUAAUAAAAUUACCAAGCGUAAUAUAA